AUGGAUAUCGAGAUCGAUACGGACUUAGAGAGCCGCAAAUGCUCCUUCUGCUCUUACCAGUAUCCGCUCGAGGAUCAACAAGGCUUUCUCCCUAUUGGCAAGGGCAGGUCACUCGAUGAGCUCAUUGAAUCCUCGAGAACCUGUGUUCAAUGCCAGAGAGCCAACGAACGGCUUCGAAUGCUUGAGUGCGAACUACACGAUAUUGGAGAGGGGGCCACCCAGAGACUCGAUGUGCACCUUGUGGCCCCGGACAAGAUCCUAUAUCCUGUUCCAGAACUCUCUAGCUAUACUGCCAGACCAAACUUCUUUGGAAUGACGCCACAUCCUUUCUCUUGGGAAGCUUUGCUAUCCUUGCAGACGUGUCUUAAGAAAUGCCUUGCAACCCACGGCAACUGCAGAGAAGACACCGAUUCCGGCUGGCUACCAACUCGCCUGAUAGACGUCCGCGACAUGAAGUUGAAACUCUCAGCUGAUAUUCCGGGGGGGAGUGACCGCCGCUACAUUGCUCUUAGCCAUCAAUGGGGUACAAGGCCGUUCCUCACGCUCAACCGCGACAAUCUUAAGACUUUCAUGCGAGAUCGAAUUCCCCUAUCCCGUCUGCGGCGCACAUUUAAAGACGCUGUGCAAAUGGCCAAGUGGUUCGAGGUGAAUUAUCUCUGGAUUGACUCUCUAUGCAUCGUGCAGGGCUCAAAGCUGCAGUCGGAAUGGCAUCAGGAAGCAAGCACCAUGGCACACGUGUAUCGCAACGCCCUCAUCACUUUUGCAGCUUCGAAAGCAGACCACAUCAACUCCGAUUUCUUCACACCAACCUUGUCUGGGCCUGGUCGUCGAAGAGGACUUGAACAAACGUUUGGUACCAGCGGCUCUCGUCCGACUUGUUUCCGAGUCAGCGAGACACAGAAUCUCGACCCCGAGUCGCAGAUGAUAGUGGAAGCAGAUCGAGACAUGCCUCUGAAUAGUCGUGCAUGGGUGAUACAAGAGCAUUUGCUUGCACCAAGGACGAUACACUUUGGAGACUCUAUCGUGUGGGAAUGUCGGGAGAUGACGGCCAAACAGCUGUUCUUGCGUUCCUCUGUCUUUCCCUCUACCUCAACGUUGAAGGCAUGGACUGCAGGUCUCGAGGGGAAAGACUGUUCUACGCUGUGGAACGAAACAGUCAUGAAGUACUCGGGAUGUAAGCUUUCAGUUCGUAGCGACAAGCUCGUUGCCAUUGCAGGCCUUGCCAGAGUUUUCUCGCCGGUUCUGAAAUCAGAGUAUAUCACUGGACUGUGGACGCGGCAUCUGGUUGAUGGUCUGCUUUGGGAGACGUUGGAGGAGGAGAAGAAGAGGGAAGGUGGUUAUAUUGCUCCCACAUGGUCCUGGGCAUCAGUGGAAGCGCGCGUCCGGUUCCAAAAGCUUCCUAAAGGGGCUGUUUCUCUGGUGCAAGUUGAGCAGGCCACUUCCGUUCCCGUGGCUUCAGACAGUUUUGGAGAGGUCAAAAGUGCUUUCGUCGAUGCGAAGGGGAGACUAGUGCCGCUUGGACAUCCUGGUCCGGUCUCAAGAGCCUUGAUCUACAAGGAUCAGAACUUGAGAGUCUCCCUCGAUCGAGCCCUGCCUACCGACGUCGGCAGCCGCCAAAUCGAGAAGGCAAGACAAUCACGUAUCGUCGGCUCGGACUUGUCAGGAUGGAUUUAA